CAUCUCUGCCCGUGGGGGCAGUAGCAGCGAGCAGACGUUUACUUGCACUUGAAGGAAGAGGAGGACGAAGAACAAGCAACUGAAGAAUGUUGACGAUACAACAACAACGACGGAAUACCUACUCCAAAAGUUAUGAAAACGUUUAAUGUUUUGUAGUGAGCGGAUGAAAUGUUUUUAAUGUCACUUCAGUUUCCGCUAGCAUGUUAGCAUCAGUACAACAAAGUCACCUCUCCUCUUAGCAUGCUAACAUUAGCACCGUUGUAGCUUGGUUACUUUUGUUGACAUCACGUGACAUUUUCUUCUUUUUAAAUUAACUACUGGGUUUGACCUCCAUCCUGAAUUCGUUUCUCUUGUCGAGCUUUCAUAAAAGACGUCAGACAGAAGGAUGUCACCCUACAGGGUCAAAGCUCACGACGUCCAGCCAACACCACAGACCGCACCAUCUGCGGAAGAUGAUGACGUCACCACUUUGAGCUGGAAGCAACGUUACCGUGACAUCAGCCCCGUAACGCUGCAGCUAGGGGGCGGGGCCGUGAGUGCCAGUCUGUACUGUGACCUCAUUGAUGGCCUCCGCGGCCUGGCGGAAUCUUUCCUGGUGGAGAUUUACCGCUGUAAGCUUUGCCAGUUCACCUGUGAAAUGAAGACCACCAUCAGCAGCCACCUGCUGCUCAGACACCAUCCCCCCUCCCUCACCUCGCUCGCCUGUAUGAACGGGGCUGAGGAGGCGAGGCUUCAGCAAGCAUCGUUGACCUAUCCGCUUGACCUGGCAGAGUCCAAACAGAGCGAGGAGGAGGAGGACUUCCUGCUCUACAACAUGCUGGACAACAUGAGCCCGCCCACCUGUGAUGUCAUCAGCACUGAGGGGGAGCUGCAGGUUGCUCACAACUGUGAGGUCAGCCCUCUCUUUGAAGAGGACGAAUCCAUCUUCCCUCUUAAGAGGACGUCUGGGGAACACCCUCGUUCCACCGACCCCCCAGCCACUCAGGAGGAAAUGGCGCAGUCUGCCCACCUCAUGACGCUCGGUCUGUGUCGCAUCACCGCUACACGGACGCCUUUGCCUCCCGUUCCCAUCCAACGGCGUCCGGUUGAUGACUUAGACCAGCUGCCAUGGAAGGAUGCCCGGAAAGACGUCAAGAGACGCCAUCUGUCGUGUUCUCUCUGUCUUGUGAAGCUGCCGUCCAGGCGGCUGUUGGACGCACACGUCAAGUGUCACCAGUCAUCAAGCGCCAUCACGUGCUGCAUAAAGACAGCUGAUAGGUGGACGGAGCUGAAGCCUGAUUGGAGAAAGCGCCACAGGAGGAGGGAGGAGGAGAAAAAAGAGGAUUGUUCAAAUGUGAAAGCACUUCCUGAAGAUGAUAACGCAGAUGAAAGGAAAUGUUUGAUUGGACCAUCUGACAGCAGGAAGAAGAAGGGGACACACAUAGAGCGUGACUCAUCAGCGACACCAAAAGAAGAGUCAUCAGGUUUCAUCUGCUCACUCUGUCAGAGGAAGUUCUCCAGCAAAGUGACACUGCAGCGCCACCUGGGGGUCCACAGUGGAGACAAACCUUUUUCAUGUCCUCAGUGUUCUUACAGGAGCAGGCUGAAGGACUCCCUGCUGCAACACAUGAGAACACAUACAGGUGAGAAACCCUACAAGUGUGUUCAGUGUCCGUACGCCUCCAUUGAUCGCAGUUCUCUGCUGCGACACUCGAGAACUCACAGCCAAGAAAAACCUUACAGGUGUCAACACUGUGACUACCGCAGUAUCCAGAAGAAAAGUUUGGAUCUUCAUGCUCGGCGCCAUCACACCGGAGAGAUGUUUCCAUGCCAACAGUGUGAGUACUCCAGUCCUGACCGCCAGCUGUUGCUGCGACACACACGCAGACGCCACGCUCCCUCCCAGAGAACCUCCUCAAAAGCUACAACUCAGUCCUGUUGGACAACAAAGAUGGAAUUAUCUCAUAAAAAAUAUAAGAAGUCAUAACACUUUAAAUAUGUUACAGUGUGUUCUAUACAGCUUUGUGCUUGACUUGAACUCAUUAAGUCCCUAAGUGAUGUGUGGGAAGCAUUUUGGACUAUUGUCAUGUGACAGUCAUGUCAUAUAUGUUUAGUUUCUUAUAUUUAUUAUUUUAUGUUUUGUUACAGUACAUGUUUUGACUGUCACCUGCAGUCUAUUUUUACUUUUUAAUAGAGAUGCUCGAUAUUGGCUUUCUUACUGAUAUCUGAUAUACCAAUAUUGUACAGCACAUCAUUUUUGCUACUGAUAGCAACCGAUACCCGUAUUGGCAACAGCUCUUGCCUCAAACGACUGUAUUGUCAGGUCACAUUUCAUGUGAUGAAUAAACAUACUACACUUCUUUUACUUUUACUGGAUACAUUUACUGGAAAAAUAAGACUAGUGCAAUAUGUCCAAAAGGUACCAAAAGUGUGACUUAGCGUGAUAUAGCAAGCAAAAUUGAAAGGUAUUUUCAACCAAUUUGCAUAUUAAAAUAAAGUAUCACUUUAGCCCUCUGGGGUCUCAAGGAUUUUUAGUCCUUGCAGGCAAUUUUUUGCUCCUUUUUUGCUCACAACUUUAGUUGUUACACUAUCGCAUGAGUUUUCCUAAGAUGUUUUUUUUUUCAUGAAAAAAUACAUCCAUCUUCUAUGCCGCUUAUCCUCACCAUCCCAGCUGACUUCGGGCGAGAGGCGGGAUACACUCUGGACUGGUCACCAGCCAUUCGCAGGGCACAUAUAGACAAACAACCAUUCACACUCACAUUCAUACCUAUGGACAAUUUAUAGAGUCAGCAAAUAACCUAACAUGCAAGGUUUUUAGAAUGUGGGAGGUAACUGGAGUAACCCCAUGCACACACGUGGAGAACAUGCAAACUCCACACACAGAUACCCAACGGAGAGUCGAACCCAGAUCUGUCAGAUUUCAUGAAAAAUCAAAUUUUAAAUUUGUUCCUAGGUCAACCAGACGCACAGGCCAAUUUCCCACCCUUUCAGGUUCCUAGAGGACAAAAAAAGUCCACUCCCAAAAACUGGUAUAAAAACAUAAAAGAUUGUUUUGUUUUGUUUUUUGCUUAGAUCUCUUAGUCAGCUUGAGUUCAAAUAAAAAAUACCAAAUGUAAAUAUUUUUAUUUUAACCCUCUGAAUGCCCAUUUCAUGGAGAUUAUUAAUAAAGUAUCUAUUUGAUUCAA